AUGACAACCCAAAAGGGCUUUCCCAACGGACUUCCCGAGUCGGAAAGACUACGAUUAAUACGCCUUUACCCAGCUCCAACGUUUAGUCCGGAAAACGAAAAGGAUGGAAACCAGUCACUUGGAAUACCUUCUGUUCAGCAACAAGCUACGAACUCAUUACUCGGCCCGCCUACACCAGCUUCGAGGGGCUUGCCAUCGCGGGAUGUCACAGAUAACAAUUUUGACGACGCCUACGUGUCCUUCAUUCUCCACUGCAAUCCAUCAAUUCCUCCAGAGACAGAUACUGUGGAGUUGAAAAAGACGUUUCGAGCACCACCAAAAAGCGAUGGCAAAUCGUUUAGCACGUAUACUCUGUUUGAAUUAAUUGGAAAGCUUGAGCGUAAAGAGCUUAAAACCUGGGCACAACUCGCGAUUGAAUUAGGCGUUGAGCAACCAGAUCCACAGAAGGGACAAAGUGCUCAGAAAGUUCAGCAAUAUGCAGUCCGGCUUAAGCGCUGGAUGCACGCAAUGCAUGUUGACGCAUUCUUUGAGUAUCUUCUGAAUAAACCUCACAUUUAUUGGACAGAUGUACCGGGUGUGAAUGAAGCAGCUUUGGAUGGGCGAGAUGGAGUGCCAACUGAAGAGGAUUUGGCGCUUCGAGCACUUCUACCGGAAACGAAGCCAAAACGUGGACGCCGGAAGGCCGAAGAUAGAGAUAUUGAAAGCGAAUCGGGGAAAUCGCCAGCCCAGCGUCCUCGGCUUGAACCAUCACCGACCUUGUCAGAAGAUUUCAUGAUGGCAAGAACUCCGCAGAUGGCUGAAAAUGCCACUCCUGCGACCACUCAUCCCGGUUUCUCGAACGGCUUUCAGGACAGGAUGGGACCAUGGUCCAAUACUGGAGGAGGGCUACCGCCAAACUUUCGCUGGAAUGGACCUGAUGCAAUCCAAACUCCUAUGUCAGCGUAUCCCCAUUCUGCGAUAACACCCUCGAAUCGACAGCUUUGGGAUGUAUCUAAUGAGCCUCAGUCUGCCAUCACGCCGAACAAAAGUCGGGCACGACGCCGUCACGGCCCAGCAGUCUCAUCGGCGUGGCCAAGUAGUGGUGGAACAUCCUCUGGCAAACUUAGAGGCAGACCAUCUACUAACCGUUCUGUACAAGACGGUCCAUUCUCAACUUUCCCAGCAAAUCCACAGUCUAGGGAAGUUCCAAAUAUUAGCUUGCACGACAGCACUCCGACAGCGACACCUGUUGUUGAAAGGUCAGAAGCCCCCAGAUUUUUCCCACCGUCCGCUCCCUCAAAUCCUCAGCCAACAAACGGGAGGCCUAGUCGACUGGGCUUACAGCUCCAGGUUCCUCAACGACAAGGAGGUCCUGUAAGACUAGCUACACCUCCUCCUCCGCCUGUUAUUACACCCCCAGCUCCAUCCUCUCUGCUGGUGACUAGGGACGACAGUACGGAUCUUCAACCAGGCCAUAUUACAAACUCGCAAUUUAUACCUCUGAUGCAGUAUUUCACAGGGCCAAUUAGACCAGACCCGAAUCUCGAACAUUUUGUUAGUAUUGCAUUUACACAAAACGAAGACACUGACCGAACAAACAUGGAUGCCUUGAAGAGCCACUUCAUCUGCGAAAUACUAGCAGCAGAAUGGUUUAAUGCAUCUGGAGCGAGCAUCGAAAAGUGCACCAUUGAUGAAGCAGAUAAAAUAUGUAAAGAAGUCGUGAAGAAUCUUCAGGCGGAAUCAAGUAGUACAGAAGCUUUUCUAAUCAAUCUGUCAGCUCUUGCUGGGGGACCUUUGAUGACACGGCUUAAGAUGACGCGACUCGAGCAGGGCUCGAUUGCACACUAUGAAUGCCAAUGGAAGAUGAGGUUUGGCUCCAUCGAGGGGAAUUUUACAAUUCGUGCCACAGUACAUCAUGGUGUGGAAUCAGCUGCACUUGAGCAUGGCCCGGAGCCUACAGAAGAGUCAUGGAAAGAAAGAUAUUUGAACCUCAGACAACAGAUUCGGGAGCGAGAUGAGGUUGUUGGGAAGCUCAAACGAGGUGUUCUAGAUACGAUCGUUAUGUCGAAUCAGUAUAACGACAUUCAGUAA